AUGGCGAAGAAACUAACCUCUGAUGAAGAAUUCAAGAACAUGGCAAAGCACAAUGUCUUAAAACAACUGCAAGCGCUUGGCGAGGAUAAAGGAGAGGAAAAUCUGGACACAAUGAAGGAAAGGCUGAGAAUUAUGGAACAGACAUGCCAUUUUUGUUGCUCUGGCAUGAUUUAUCUACCGUAGGCAAGCAUAGCUAUCUGGUAUUUAUGGUAUCAUGUUUGUAUGAUGAAGCAGCAUUCUAUUCGGACAUGGAAUACGAAGAAAUAACUGGAGACAAAAUAAGUGUACAAGCUCUUGUUGAGGCACCAGAAAUCUAUAUUUUGGCUAGAUCUUCAUCUGAUCAUGAGCAGUUGUCAUAUAUCGAAACUAGAAGGGAAUGCCUAGAUGAAAUUUCAAACAAGCUGCACACCAAUUCUGGCUUACCAAUCAAUGAUGUGAUUUUUCACGGUGAUAGUCCAUCUCGACAGUACGAAUGCGGUCAGCAGAAGGGAGGACAUUAUUAUUGUUCAGUGUGUGGCUCAAAGGCAGGCCGAGUCUACGAGUUGGACUAUUCUUUUCAUUGCCCACAUAUGGCUCUAGCGGAUCGACAAAAUAUGAUCCUGAAAGGUCCACUUGGAAGACAAAAUUCCGUUGCAAAAUCUUAGUAAGGAAAAUCUAUUAAGAGAGUUGUCUGCUAGAGGCAUAUAUGAUGGUGACAAAAAGGAGAUGGAAGAGCUAUUGAAGGAAGAAAUGCAGACAGUUCCCCUGCCCUUCUUUUAAUAACCCCACAGAGAUCUUCAUUCCAUUAACUGCGGUCAGUACGAGGUUCUUGGAUUUGAGCCUUUGCAUGAUAUUGGGAAGCACAUUGAAAACAUUUUCAUUGAGCUUCCUGAACAUCUGCCACGUACUGAAGCUGCUAAAUUGAAAGCUGUUUUAGAAAUUUGCAUUGGGGAGAAAGAAACGAAGAAAACUUUCAAUUAUCGAUGUGCUCUCGUUCUGACUGCCAAUCAAGUGAGGGGAAAAGUUAAUUCAGAAGCUCAACUGCUGUUGGACACUCUGGUAGAAAUCCAACAAAUAGCGUACUACGAUUUCACAAUCUCACUUGGUACCACGCAAUGUUAUGUAGAAGAGUUAUUGGUUUCUCAUUGAAACAUUUAACAACUCGUAAAUUUUACGUGGCUAACUACCACAACAUUACAUCGCAUGCACCCAUUCAGAACCGGAUAAUAAGCGGAAGAUCGUCAAACGUUGAGGAGCAGGAGCAAGUGUUUAACACCAUCAACAACAUAACAAGAACCACUUCCUCCUAUCACGCUAGUCAUAUCACUGGAAACGUAUUCAUUCGACUAGAAGCAGAGAAAAAGAUGAAAGCUUAUCAAACCCCUGAAACUGACAAGCAAGAAGCACACCUGACCAAACUUGCAUCAACACUACCCUGUUUUGGCAACACAACGAUUUUGCAAGAAAUGAUGGUAACUAGUUCAUCAGUUUGGCAGGCACACUCAGAAAGAAUCAGUGAUUUUCUUUUGGCAGGUAAAUUAAAAUGACUUUAUGUACAUAUAUUGCCCUUAUAAUACACCUAUGGUAACAUUUCUUUGCUCGGAAAUAUAAAACAACUUACAGUAAAAUCAAUAUAUAUAAGAAACAUAAAUACAUGUUUCUAUAUGGGGGAUUACAAGAGGGAGGAUGCAUUAUUUGGAAAACAUUGUGUAUAUACUGUAUCCUAUUUUCUAGAAGGUGGUCAUAUUCAAGGUCGUUAUAUGAACCUUGUGUGUACUGUGUUGUAGGUAAAGAUGUUUGGUGGGAGCAAUGUGAAAAUGGUGACAUCACAUUUAAUGAUGGUAAAGGAAGCUCCAAAAGUCACACAGAAGGACCAUUAGUUCACCACUUCCGUUUGUCAAACUUCAAAAGUGAGGAAACAUACUUAAAGCAAUGUUGGAAUAUGUGCUUGAAAGAGAAGCGGCUAAUACCCGCUGUGAAGCUUCGCAUUGAAGAUAAAAACGGCAACCUAGUGCUUGAGAGUUUGGAUGAUGAGCAGGAUAGUGCUGAUGGUGAAGCUGACAAAGGAGAUUCAGAUGGCACCUUUCAGAGGAAAGAAAUUUAG